AGCACAUUGAGGAUAAGCUUAAUUUGAUUGGUCAAAUUAUGGUUUUGUAACGGGGUUUUUGAUUGGUCUUUGUAAUUAAUGGUGGAUAAAGUGGAUUGCCUCGUGUAUCACUAAGAGAUUUACACAAUUUAUUGAAAUCCUUUAAAAUGCCAGUAAGGAAGAAAAAGCAGUUCAUAGAUAAAAAGAAUGCUAUUACAUUCCACCUUGUUCAUAGAAGUCAGAAGGACCCACUUCAGGCAAGUGAAGAGGCCUCAAAGCAUGUUCUUGUUCCAGAAGGGGAGAAGGAUGCUGGUGUUGGUAACCCCCAAGAAGAACAGAGAAAGUUUGGCGUGUUCUUCGAUGAUGAGUAUGAUUAUAUGCAACAUCUGAAGGACUUAAAUGAGAUCUAUCAAGUAGAGAUGGUAGAUAGAAUUUACAAGAAUGAGGAUAAACCAGUCAAGAGUUCUGGAUUGAAAUUGCCAUCAAGUGUUCUACCCUCCGAGUUUGAGAAACCAGUUGGUCUCCUAAAUGAGGCUGUUCCUGUAAGAGGUCCUCAACCAGACUGGGACCCUGAUAUAGUUGAGGCCCUGGAUGAAGAUUUCGACUUUGAUAAUCCAGACAAUCAGUUAGAUGAUGACUUUAUGCAAAUGGCAAAUGCUGAAAAUGUUCAGGGACAUGAUGAUGAAGGACAUGAUGGUAGUGACCUUGAAACGGUGAGUGACCUUGGAUCAGAUAUGGCAGUGAUGUCUGAUAAUGAUGACUUUGAUGCAGACUUUAAAUAUGGUGAUCAAAUGUUCAUGGACGAGGAGACAAAGUCAAGAUUUACUAAUUACUCCAUGUCUUCUAGUGUGAUAAGGAGAAAUGAGGGACUCACUUUACUGGAUGAUAGAUUUGAAAAGCUGUAUGAAGAAUAUGAUGAUGCUGAGGUUGGAGCUCUAGACCAGGAAGACAUUGAUGGAUCAAUUCAACAAGGAAGUGCUGUAUUAGAUGCACUCAUGAAUGAAUUUGAUAAAACGCAAUACCAAAAAAAAUUGAAAGAAGUUGUUGAUGAGAAGGAAAGUGCACAUGUUGAUGUCUGUGAUUCUGAAGACUCGGACAACUCUGAUACAGAUCUCAUUACUGUUGAGGUAAAACCAGACGAGAAAUGGGAUUGUGAAUCCAUACUCAGUACAUACUCAAAUCUCUACAACCAUCCAAAACUCAUCACAGAACCCAAAAAGGUGAGGAACAGAGAAGUUCAGUUAAAAGGAAAACAUGGUUUACCAGCUGAUGCCAUAACAACCCGAGGACUUACAGAACGCGAGAUUACCAUUGAAAUGAAUCGGAGAAAUAGAACAGAUAAAGCCAGUACUUACAGACCUAAAGAUGAAACACCUGAAGAAAAGGCAGAGAGGAAAAGAGCAUUAAAGGAAGAGAGAAAGGAAAGAAGGCAAGAGAAGAAAAUGAACAAGAAAGCAUUUACAAAAGAGAAAAUUAGACAAGAUAAAGAAUCAUUGAACUUGAACCAAAAUUUAAAAGGAUUGAAAAUUGUGUGAUAUCCUUAUAAUUGAUGUAGUUGGCAAUAUAUAAGUUCAUGACACCCAAAUCAUGUUUUCUGGCUGCAGCUUCAAGACAAGAUAUAAUUAACAGUAGCUUUGGUUGGGUACCCUGUCUAUUCUAGAACGCUUGCAGGGAAACAAGAAGCAGGUCAUUUUGUGAAAUGAAAAAGAUGGUGGUUGAUAAAUCACUGUAAUAAUUGUUUAAUCUCGAGUCAUGUUUAAGGAAUUGAUGUUGGAGAGGUUUCCUAAAAUAAUUUGACUUAAUUUUGCAAUGAUUUGCUUUGUGUUUUUGGCAUUUUGAAGAGGCUGAAAAUGUGCAGAUGAUUUAAAAUAUUGCAGACAAGUUUAUUACUUAAAAAAAGAGAGCUGAACAUUGAGGAUUCUGAUCAUUGUUAGUGAAUGUUUUAAUGUUUUAUUACUGUUAUAUUGAUUCGAAUAUGUAGAUUUUACAUGAUUUGUUAAGUGUUAUUUCGAUAUCUUCAGAAAUUCAAAUAAUAAGAAACAAAUUGUUUUAGUAACCAAGCCCUCUCACCAUGUUUUGAUUUUAAUAAAUUAAAAUUGUUAUCUGUGAUACUUAUAGUAUAUAUUAAAAGUAAAAAUACA